UCAACGUAAACAUUUUGUUACGUACACAUCGUGGCAUUGUGGAUUAUUUGUAGCAAAUUUACGAUGUUUAUAUAUGUGAUUAAGAAAAAUAAAUCCUCUGUUUAAUAGAAUGACCAGUACUGAAACAUCAAAAGAAUCUCAGCCGAAAGCUAUGGAACUUAAUUCAGCUUCGCUAUUGAAGUAUAUGAGUCUUGUCUUACUGACGGCUCAGAAUGCUGUGUUUAUCCUGUCGAUGCGAUAUGUGCGGACACGUGAAGGUGACAUGUUCUUCACAACAAGUGCUGUUAUCCUGCAGGAAGCCAUAAAAUGUCUCCUCAGCCUGAUCAUAAUCCUUGUACAGGAGGGGUCAGUAAAGGGGUGGUUACUUCACUUGAAUGACAACAUUCUCCGAAAUCCUCUAGACUGUAUCAAAGUAUCUGUACCAUCACUAAUUUAUACGCUGCAGAACAAUCUCAUUUUCAUUGGUGUUUCCAACCUUGAUGCUGCAGUUUUCCAGGUAACAUACCAAUUGAAGAUAUUAACAACUGCUGUUUUAUCAGUGAUUAUGCUGAAGAAACAGUUGUCUAAAGUACAGUGGGUAGCGCUUGUUAUUUUGUUUGUCGGCGUUUCUACAGUACAGUUACAACCAGAAAACAUCAGCAAGUCAAAAAGUUCAGUCCCGCAGAAUCCAUUUAUUGGACUUGUAGCUGUUAUAACAGCCUGUGUUAUGUCUGGAUUUGCUGGUGUGUAUUUUGAGAAGAUUUUAAAGGGAACGUCGCAGUCAGUUUGGUUGAGAAAUGUGCAGUUAGGAGGUAUUGGGACCGUCGUUGGUUACAUCACCAUGGAGCUUAGUGACGGUGCUGCUGUCAGGGAAAAAGGGUUUUUCAUUGGUUAUGACAAAUGGGUGUGGUUUGUGAUUCUGUUACAAUCGUGCGGAGGUCUGAUCGUAGCGGUUGUAGUGAAAUAUGCAGACAAUAUUCUAAAAGGUUUUGCUACCUCUGCAGCAAUUAUUAUAUCAUGUAUUGGAUCUAUGUUCUUUUUCAACUUUUCUCUUUCAAAAGAAUUUUCUAUAGGGGCCUCAUUGGUUAUAGCAGCAACUUACUUAUAUAGUAAAUAUGUUCCACCAAAGCCAAGUCCUAUUAUUGCCCCUAAUGGGAAAAUUACUCAAACAUAGAAAAAAUCCAUUUUAUAAAACAGAACCCAGAGUGAUAAAACUGAAUUUUGAGACCAGUCUUAGUACUCCAGCAUAUGAUUGGCUGAUUUUAAACACAAAUUUAAAAUUGACCAAUGGCAAUGCAGCAUUCUUGGACUGGUCUCCAAACUCCGUAAUAUAUUGGACCAAAGUCAUUAUAUAUUUUAAACAUUCCAUGUUGUAGUGAAUUAAAUGCACAGAAAUAACAUUCCUAUAUUUUAAGUUUUGGAUCAUUAUUUCUUCCCACCGAUAGUAUCAGUUUGCAUGUUGAUAAAUGCUGCUAAUGUUCAUUUCUGUAAUAGGAGAAGAAAUGCAGAGUAUUUAUUUAUAGUAGAACAUGUUCUUGCGGUUAAGUUGUUUUUGUUUUUUCUGUGUCUUAACAUAUAGUACAUAACAUGUAGUCUAUCUGGAAAUCAUGUGUUUAUAUAAUUAGAAUUUAAAUUUCUACAUUGUUCACAAUUUAAAUACAUUUAAGUACAAAAUGCUGCAAAUUUAAAUAAUUUUUGCUCUAGAAGAUUAUUUAUUAAAAAAAAAUCUGACUGAAGUUUACAAGUUCAAAUCAGUCUAGAGUCAUAUUUGUACAUUGUCUGAGAAUAUCUGAUCCCAAUGAUAUAGAAGUCAUUCACAGUAAUUAAAUACUUCAGUUGAAAUUCGCUUAUCACAAAGUUCCAAAUGUCUGGAAGAAAUUUUCAAAUCCUGCCCAAAAUCGUAUAUGACAAGCUAUGUGUAUGUAUCAGCUUAUCAACUGUCAAAGAAUCCCGAAACUACAAAUGAGAAUCCGAUAUUGCACAAAAGUUUCCAGUUUUCAUUAUGGCUCUGUACAGAUAUUUUGUUCUUGGUGUAAUUAGUUUAGUGUGCAUUGUCAUUUCAUGUAAUGUUUAAAUGUUUAGUAAAAAUUAAUUUAUUUUCAAUGUUUUCAUUGCAUAUUUUUACACAAUAUGUGCAGCCCCAAGGGAUGGUCUUUGUUUUAAACUUAGUUAUAAAUACAUGGCUUCAGGCUUCAUAAAUUGCUCAUAUUUCAUCAUAGAUGUCCUUUUAACUGCAGGCUAUUCUGUCACAUAUCGGCAGUAAUAAAAUAAAAAUAUUUUUUGUCAAAAGUUCUUUUGUUACUGUUUAAUUCAAAGUGUAAAUAAUAUGUGUGAACAAGUUUUAAGUUAAAUUCCACAAAAAAAGUUAUCAGAACUACAUAAGGUCAAGUAAUAGGUAAUCAUUAUAUAUACUAGCAUUGUUUAAUUUACUAACUUGACAUUGUGGUUUUGCCAAGCCUUUACUGUUUGUUACAAUAUACAAUGCAGCAUAGGUUGAUAGACAAAUUUUUACGACUUUUGAUAUAAAUUUUUUUAAGGCUUUUAUUUAAACAGUCCUUACUGUUCUGCCACAGUGUUAAUCCUAUACUUUAUCACUCUGUUCACUGAGAUCACUUAACUCUUGGGGAUGUGGUUGCAGGAGAUGGGUGGGGAACUUUUAAACUUUAUACAUUUAACAAACACAGCUGUGUUUUGCAUACUUGAUAUGUAACACACUAUGCUUAACAGAACCUGUUCGUCUAGUUUACUUUAUUUUAUGGGAAAAGUGAAAGCCAGCCAUACAUCUUUUGAAAGAACAAAGAUCAAACUUACAUACAAAAUUUCUUUUGACACAGUGUGAAUUUAUUAAAUUUCUAUCCAUUUAUUAUUAUAUUAUAAUUAUACCACAUUUAUAUAUCACUCUUUUCAUGCACUUGUACACGUUCAAAAGUGCUUUACAGAAUAAAUUGCAAAAAUACAAACAAAUACGUAUACAAAGAUAAUGCAUUCCACAUUAACAAAAAUCAUGAAUAAAAACAAAUAUAAUUUAAAACAAGAUAAAAACAUAAAUGUAUCGGUCAGUUAACAAAAUAUUGUACAAAGAAGUGGGUUUUGAGCAGGCUUUUGAAAGCAGCUAGCGUGUCAGCUUCCCUGAUCUUGACAGGAAGGGAGUUCCAAAGCUUUGGAGCAGUGCACGAAAAGCUGCGAUUGCCAUACAUCAUGGUUUUAGAUUUUGGCAUAACCAGUGACAGCGUGUCUUGUGAUCUUAGGGUCCUGACAGGUUUAUACACUUCUAGCAUAUCCCUAAUGAUGAAAUCCCAGUCUACAAAUGUGUCUAUACCGGUAACUUUUUUGCAAUUCUCAUUUUUCAAUGCACAAGUUUAUAUAGAUAUUGUAUGGUAUUUUAGAAUUAUUUCAAUUAAAUCUGAUGGGAUGAUUUUAAUGUUUACUAUAGGUAUUGAUAAUCUGUAUUUUACAUCACAUGUUUUCAUGUCAAUCGAGUUCCUUUUAUCCUGACACAUCACUUGUGCUCCCUGUUGUUGAUACUGUAUUCCAGUGUGCAAAAACUGUUCACCUUCUGUGAUUGUGUCACUGUCUGUAUUUCUUUGUUUUUGUUUUUCAAAGUUUAUUGACUGUUAAGAAUGAUCUGUUUAUUGUAGAAUUUUGAUGCUUAGCUCGUAUAUGUUUAAGUUACAUGUUAACUUAUCCUAUAAACCAUGGUUGUAUACCGGUACAUUUUGUUACAACUUCUUAUUACAUAUCAGACAGGCUAAGAGUUGAAUAUGUGUACAAAUACAUGUAGUAGAUUCUCGUACAUGAUAAGAAGUCUUCUUAAAACUUUACUAGAGAAUGUGUGGUUUUGAAUGGGAAAACUACAAAUUACCGGUGCUUUAUGAAACAUUAAAGCGUCAGGAUAGUUUAAGAUUACAGUUUUCUGAAUACACUUACCAUAUAAGCUAGAGAAAUCCUACCUGUGAGCAAAAAUACCCAUCAGUGUAUAAAAUCUUUGUAUUAUGACACAGUCUUUACUUGAAAGACGUUCAUUAAAGUGAUUCUGGCCAUUUUUUUUAAGACUUUAAAAAAUUUGCUCUAGUUGAUUCAGUGGUACGCUUGCCUUACAUGAUCAACAUAUUAAACAUGAACAGACUUUCUAAAGCUUUGCAAUGUUGCUUGAGAUUUCUUUAAUAUACUUUUCUCAUAAAUGUUUGUUUAAUGUUUUGUUGAAGGCUCAAAAGAAUUGCAAUGAUUUUAAUUACGAGACAAAACAACAGCAUUUUUGUAUUUACACAUUUUAUCUUCAUCUGUUGAUUGCCUUAAUAAUACAGAGGUUACAUACUUUAUGAGCAUGCAUAUAUGUAGGGUUUCAUUAUAAUUUCAGUUAAAGCAUGUAAAGUAUCAGAUUUCAGGUCAUUGCAAGCCCAACAGUUGUAAAACCAAAUUCUGAAUUUUUAGACAUGUAGAUCUGCCUGUUUAGCUUUACAUUUUUUAUAUGCCUGAAGGGACGUAUUAUGUUAUGACGCUUGUGUCUGUCCGUCCGUCCAUUAGCAAUUUCAUGUCCGCUCUGUAACUCCUGAACCCCUUUAAGGAUUUCAAAGAAACUUGACACAAAUGUUCACCACACCAAGACGAUGUGCAGAGCGCAUGUUUUGGAUGUCUUGCGUCAAGGUCACACUUGGGAGUCAAAGGUCAUAUCAGUUUGUUUCAUGUCCGCUCUGUAACUCUUGAACUGCUUGAAGGAUUUCAAAGAAACUUGACACAAAUGUUCACCACCCCGAGACGAUGUGCAGACUCGCUUCAAGGUCACACUUAGGGGUCAAAGGUCAUAUAUGACUUUGCUUUUUGUUUAUUGCUCUGCAUUGCAGUGCUCUUGUUUUUAUUUGGCGGAUCCCUCUUUUGUUCACUUAUAAGAAAAAAAAUUUGAAUUACUUCCCUUUUAUGUUACAAUAAAUAGCUUAUUUUGAAACUUUUUUAUUUUUGGCCGUAAGGAAAAACCGAGACCACUUUUCUGUGGUACAACAUGGAUGGUACCUCCAAUUUUAGGUGUAUUUUGACAUGCCUUUAACUGGUAAGGAUUUUUUUGUGGACUUAGAAUUUUUCUAGAAUUUCUUUCCUUUGUUGUUUCUGUCCUUUGGGCUUCACACUCCAAGUUCUUUUUAUUUUGCUCCCAUCCUCUGAUGUUACCCUUCGGGCGUAUAAUGCCACGCUUGGCGGAGAUCUUGUUUGUUAUUAUCAUAAACCAUAUUACUCUUUUGUUAUUUCCCAUGUUAGGUAAUUGUUAUAUAAUAUAUUUGAGAUAGGUUUAGAUAUUUCAUUAACAUAGUAGAACCUAUUACUGAAUCAUUUCUAUUCAUUUCCUCUCUUGAUGUAUUUGACAGACUAUGUUCAUAUGCAACAGUGAAAGUACUGCUUUCCUAACCAUGUAAUUCUGCACAUGCUGCUUUUAUCUGUUUUUAUCAUUAAAUUAAAAGCAUUAUGGAACAGUUUUAACAGUUACUUGAAACAUAUGUUAAACUAUAUGUGUAUAUGAUGAAACUGUAUGUACUGGUUGUAUGUCAUGAGAUGUCACUGUGUGUAUAUAAUGAAUCUACAUGUAUGAUGAAACAAUAUGUAUAUAAUGAAAUUAUGUGCAUAUUGUGACACUAUGUGUAUGAUGAAGCUAUAUGCAUAUGACAACUCUUUGUAUAUGUUGGAACUAUGUGUAUAUGAUGAAACUAUGUGGAUACGAUAUUUAAAUGUUUCACUCUGUAUGUGAAUAAUUACCUGUAAGAAUUCUGUGAUUUUGUUUGUAGUGAUUGUCAGCAGAGAAAGGCUAUGUUUUACAGAAGGCUAAGAGUAUUUGCCAAUAUGCCACAUAUUGCUUGAUCUACUUGUAGAAUAGCUAGUGAUAUAACUAUAUAGUAUAGUACAGUGUGUAUCAGUAUUUGUCACUAUUUUUAAACUACUAAAGUCUGGUUUGGGCCUGUAUGUAGACUAUGCAAAUGUAGUUAUUUAAGGUGUUUAAUAAUUCUUGCCUGAACACAUUUAUAGAAAAAUGUGUAUUUCCAAAUAAUAUUUCAUUAUAGAAAUCCUACUUAUACUUUAUUUACUUUUUGACAACCAGAAAUCCUAAACAUUUACUUACGUGGAAUAUUUAACUUAUCAUUGUACAUUUUUUGUCUGUGAUUUAAAUGUACUUUAUGUUACUGUUAUGUUUUGAAUUUCAGUUCUAUGUGCCUACCAUAAGUAAUUUUCGUUUGAUUACCGUUUCUCCUUAACUGAUUUUAGCAGUCUGGUUGUUAAAGAAACACGGUUGUUAGGGAAACCACUGCUUAUAUGAGCUUACUUUAUGGCUGAAGAAUGCCGAAAUCACAGAAUGAGAAUCUGUUUUGGCAUGGAAAUUGCAGGUCCACUACCUUAGAUAUUUUUCAUUCUGACAGAGACAUACUUUUGCACUUGCUAUAUCAGCGGCCAGGCUAGUUAGAAAAGCUUGGUAGGUCGAACACAUGACUGUAAUUGAAAAUAUUUAGUCCUUCGGCAAUGCAGUUCUUUUAAAGCAGUGUAACUGGUAAACCUGAAAUCAGUGAAUUAUUCAAUCAAUUAAUUCAUUAAUCAUGCAUUAGUAACACACUAAACAUCCUGACAAUUAUAAAUUUGCAAGUGGCACUUGUUAGGCAAUUGUUCCUAGAUAGCUCUGAUCAAGAUUGCAUUAAGGCAACAGGUUUUAUCCACAUAUAAUCCAUAAAAAAUUGUCAUUUUCCAUGCAAAAAGGUGAAAUUCCUCUUUACUUUAGUCAAUAACUAACUGCUCAAUAUGUAAAUAACGUACUAUAUGUUUUCUAUGUACUACUCAAUAUAUAAACUACUUGAAUUAUUUGCGGGGCUGUGUAAAUGUGAAAAUAAGGUAGUGUUCACUGCUAUACCAGUGCCAUACUGGCAGAAUAUUACACUUUGUAUUUGUUACAUAUUUUUAUCACAUCUUUGACGUAGUGGUAGUGAAAUAAAGCCAUUAAAUAAAAUUGAUAAUACACUAGUGUAAUAAAGCUUUGACAUUGACAUCGUUUAUAGUAUAGGAGACUUUUAAAUUAGUCAAAUUGACUUGUUUAUAAUAGUUAAAGAAAGUAGAAUGUUUUAUGUUUCAGCUGGAAAAGCUUACAUGUGAUAAAAAGAAUAUUGCAUUUGUGACUUUCCACAUUAAAUUUAUUAAACUCGUUGAAUAAAAUAGAUAAAAUGCUCAGCAAAGCCUAACAUUUUAUUCAACUUGUUGAAUAAUUUCAAUAUGAAAAGACAUGUAAUAUCUUCUAUGUCCCGUUAUUUUGUAUUGAGCAUUCUGUUCAUUAUAACCGAUUAAAUUCAGGAAAUGUGUUCAUGUAUUUGCAGAAUAUACGAUAUAGUUGCAGUUUUGUCCUCUUUUGCUUCAUAAUCAAUUUCAGACUUGUUUCCUUUAAUAGUUUUGAAAGCCAGUAGUUUGGAAAAAACUUUUACAAAAAAAAUUUGCAUUAUUAUUUUCUAUUUAUCAAAAGGAUAACUUCUAAAAUCUCAGAUAGUGUUUUAGUAAAUAUUUCUUUUAGACUGAACUUUAAACAUUUUUCAGCUACUAACUGUUAGUGAAGUAACCGCCUUUUGAUUUCUUUACAUAAUUUUGUUUAGAUCUCUGUUAUGUUGUAAUGUUCAUAAGUCGCCAGUGCAUUCUGUUAGCAGUAUUAUAAAAAACAUUUAUAUAUAUUACAUUGUAAAUAUUGCAGUCAUUACAAUGUCUCAAGAUAAUCAUAUUUAUUUUUUUAUUUUCAGCUUAUAAUAAAUUAUCACAUUUCCAUCACAUCACAAUUGCAUUGGAUCCUGUCUGUUGGGAUGGGAUCCACUCUAUCUGUCUGGGAUCCAUUCUGUUAGGAUGGGAUCUAGUCCAUCUGCAUUGGAUCCUGUUUGUUGGGGUGGGAUCCAGUCUGUCUGUCUGGGAUCCAUUCUGUUAGGAUGGGAUCUAGUCCAUCUGCAUUGGAUCCUGUUUGUUGAGGUGGGAUCCAGUUUAUCUGUGGUAUCAAUUCUGUUGGGAUAGGAUCCAGUCUAUCUAUAUGGGAUCCAGUCUAUUAGGAUGGGAUCCAGUGUAUCUAUAUGGGAUCCAGUCUAUUAGGAUCUGAAUGGAAUCCAGUCUGUCAACAUGAAAUCCAGUCUAUCAAAAAUACUUUUUUGGGAAAGUCAGUAAAACGCUCGGUCUACCAAUCAACACUAAUUAGCUUUGCUUGAUGCUAUUUAUAGAUUCAGUAACAAGCAAAUUUCAAUAUUGACAGCUGUCUCUCAGUCUAGUUUCAGUGCACAAAUUUGGGGAAUCUGUAAAAUCACAAAAUAAGAUUCUUUGCUAAUAGAUAUCUGUUUCUUUACAAACUCAUGCAAUAGCCCUUCAUUGAUAGAAAAUCAGGUAUUUAUGUAACUAUUUUCAGAAAAAAGGUACUGUUCAUAAAUAACAUUUAAAAAUGAUAUUUGUCUUGUGUUCACAACCAUCACUGUAAAUCUUAACUGCAUACUGGUAUAUGUUUUUACAAUAUAAUAUUUUGUUAUUAUUGAAAUCUUCCAAGAGUUUGAAUAACACACAAGUUUGUAUUACCUUAAAUUAUUUUAAUGAAUGUUGUAUAAUUGUGUUAGAGCAGUGAAAAAUGCUUUCCACUUAUAACUGAAUGUGAUAUUAGUGUUUAGAUAGAUACUAGUAGUUCAGUCAUGUGUGUUUGUUUCUUUAGAAAAUUAACAUAAUGCAGUCUGUCAUUUAUAGAUAAACUAGCUUUGUUUUAUCUAGAGAUUUAGAAUAAUCCAUCAUUUUAGGGGCAUUUGACUCCAUGUAUGGCUUCUAUUUACAUGUCAGACUCUUUGUUUCAUGAUUUUGGUGUUUUCUUUUGUUAACUAAUGUGUAGUAAGAAAAUAAGGGAUUUUAAUAUGUAGCACAGAGGGAAUUUAAUAAAUUAUACAGUGGUACCGAA